CGCAGUAUCAAAACACACAAUUUCCUUGAAACCUAACCUACAAUUUCAAGUAAAUGGUCUAAUAAGUAUUUGUAUUAUUGUUUAUAUUCAUACAACUUGUAUGAAGUAUAAGAAAAUCCAAUACAAUUAAAAAUAAUAGCAACAAUGGACGAGGACGACAAUAAAUUAUCAACUGAUUCAGAUUCAAGCGAUGAAGAAGAUAAAGCAUUAAUGAAAAGGGCAGAAGAAAUAGAGGGUUUAUUAAGCAACAACAAGUAUUUAUAUGAUCUCCAUGUAGAACUUGUUGGAUUGUAUCAGAAGAUAGUGGAUUUAGUUUCUUUGCGGCAGGCCUACAAGAGAUUCUACAACAUCUAUCCACUAACAGAUACUCUAUGGUUGAAUUGGUUAAAAAUUGAAAUGGAAUUGGCAACUGGUGAAGAGGAAAAGAAAAAUGUUCUGGAACUUUUUGAAAAGGCUACAAAAGAUUAUUUGUCUGUUAAAUUAUGGUUGGAAUAUGCUCAACAUGCUAUGGGCUGCUGCUCUUUGGAGGAGACAAGAACUAUUUUGGAGAAGGGCUUAAAUGCAGUCGGGUUGCAUGUUUGCAACGGUUCGUUGUUAUGGGAUACUUUGAGGGAAUUUGAAUUGGCGAAUUUAUCAAUGUGUCAGCAAAAUUCCGAAAAUUAUAAGAUGCAAUUGAAGAAAGUCGUCUCAACGUUUCGGAGGCAAUUGUCAGUACCUCUGCUGAAUAUGGAAAUAACAUAUGAGGAAUGGAACGAAUUCUUGAAAAGCGUAGACAAUGAAGAGUUAGUAGAUAACAAAGCGGUGGACUGGGGUUACAAAAAUGCUUUGAAAAUUCUGGAAACGUACAAACCUUUUGAAGAUAAACUAUUAACAGCUACAGCAGAUCAAGAGAUCUACAACAUCUUUAAAGAAUAUAUCAAGUCUGUAAAAGACCCGUCAGUAAUCCUGUGCUUAUACGAAAGGGCAGUUGAAAAGAUUUGUUUGUUGCCUGAUAUAUGGCUUGAUUACUGUUAUUACGCUUACGGUUUAGGCGAAUGCAGCGUUAGUAUAAGUGAAAGAGCUGUUAGGAAUGUGACGUGGUCGGAAGAUCUUUGGGUUUUGAGAUUGAGGAUACUCGAGAAGAACAAUGUUUCCGAUGCGGAUGUUCGAAAGUGUUAUCAGGAUGGUAUACAUUUCAUACAGAACGGUUUAGAUCUGUGGAUGAGCUAUUUGGAUUACAUCAAAAGGAAUUCACCGGAUCAACUGAUGGAUUUGUUUGAAAAGGCUGAAGAGACAGAAGUGGAUCCGACGCGCAAGAUCACCAGGUUACACGCUCGUCUCCUCUUCAAAUCGGAAGAAGCCACUAAGGCUAGAAAACUUUGGAACAGUAUCAUGCACGAUCCAAUUUGCAAGCAAAAUUAUGUUUUCUGGUUAGAAUUGAUUAAUUUGGAGCGACAAUUUGGUACUGUAACGUCUGUCCGAGAGACAUUCAGGAAGGCUAUAAAUUGUUGCAAAACUGAGCAAAUUAUUUACGACGAAUGGUUGCUGUUUGAACGGGAAUGCGGUUCUGUAGAAGAUUUAGUUAAAUGCACCGAAAAACUUAGAACUGUCCACUUUCCGAUUAUCCAAGCUACGCAUUAUCAAGAAGCAGUUGAAACUAAUGUAAAAAAACGUAAAAGAGAUGCUGAGCCUUCGGGCAAUAAGAAAGUUAAGCAGAAUGACGGAAAUAGGAAAUUAACGGAUGAAUUGAGGUUUAAGAAAAAUGAUAGUAAAAACGUUGGUUUGGUUCGAAAUCAAGGCGCACCUGAGAAUUUGGAUCACGCGAAAUCCGUCUUCGUAAGCAAUUUGGCUUAUAAUGUAACGGCUGAUUCAUUAGCUCCAGUGUUUCCGAAUAGUAAAAUUACUUUAAGCACGAAUAAUAAAGGAUUAUCGCGGUGCUUCGGCUACAUCGAGUUCAAGACGGAAGAGGAAGCUGAAGCGGCGUUGCUUAGAGACCGUGAGCCCUUCGAAGGUCGCCCCAUCUUCAUUUCCAAGUGCAAAACGAACAAAGCCGAACGGCAAAAGAUGUUCCAGUUCUCCGAGAAUUUGGAACUGAAUAAGCUGUUCGUGAAAGGUUUACCUUUCGCACACACCAAGGAAGACGUGGAGAAGAUGUACAAAGAUUUUAACUGUUUGGACGUGAGACUGGUGAUGCACAAAACGGGUCAAUCGAAAGGUUUGGCGUACGUCGAUUUCGGAAACGAAACCGACGCGGCGAACGCUUUGAAUGCUACGAAUCAAAUGAAGGUUGGUGAAUUCGUCAUAGACGUCGCGAUAAGUGCUCCACCUUCGAAGAGAAAGGAAUUUCCGGAACCGUUCAAAGCGCCGGAAAGAACCCUCAAACUGUUCGUGCCACGUUCAGUCACCAAAAUCCAACAACCAUCAACAACAACUAAAACCACCACCACCAACAAUAAACCAAUGAAAAGCAACAAUGAUUUUCGCAAUAUGCUUGUUAAAAAAUAACGAGUUUUACAUUGAUUGUUUUUUUUUUUUUUU